UCUAGUGAUUUAGGAGAAGAAAUAGAAAUAAAGAAGUUUCAUGAAAUUAACAUACAGUCUAUGGGUACAGAGAAGGUCCUAUUUUCUUGUAUGACAUACUGUUGUCAUUUAACAAUUUAUUAAACUAUAAUUUUCAUGUUUUACCCCAGAAAGCAGAAGUCCAUGGAAUGAAAUAAUUGCACAUCUCAUUAUGAAUGAAUUUGGUACUUCAAAGCUCAGUCUCCACAAUAUUUUGGAAAUUGGGCUUCACGUUAUCAAUGAGGCUGAUCCUGUGACAACUGAAGAUGUUUUCUGGACAUUUCUGAGGAGACUUAUGGCCCUAAACAAAGAAGCAAGAAACGCAGGGUGUUUGAAGAUUGGCGAAGGUAUUCCAAAGCAGGACACCUUUGAUAAUCUUGAUGAUUUUGCUGAUGAUGAUGAUGAUGAUGAUAAACCUACAGACUCUAUGAAUCCUCUUGAUGUUGUAUGUGUCAUCCUAUAUAAUUCUGAACCAGUUUUACAAAAGGAGAUUGUAUCAAAAAUGUGCAUGUGCCAAUUUGCUGUCCCACUAUUGCUCCCUGCUGGUGAUGGAUCAGGCUACACCUUCAUGCUCUGGGCAAUGAGAGAUAUAGUAAAGAGGUGGAGACCCUAUUCAUUAGCAGAGACCAAGGGGUUUAUAGAGGACAGUGUGGUGAGCAUAUCCAUGCCUAUAUUUUCCUUUGUGAGACUGGGUCAAAACAAAAUUUCCAAAUCUAAAAACCUCAAUCAAGUGCUUAGCUCAGCACAGCAAGGUCAUAGCUUUUUUAUACAUAACAACAUGGAAUGUGGAGACAUAAAAAAAUCAAACUCCAAUGGAUUAGUAGAAAUAUCAUGGUAUUUUCCUGCAGGAAAAGUAAAAUCUGAUAUUUUCCCAGAACCCAUUGCAGUUACGAAUUUGCGUGGUAACUUGGUGUCACACUGGACCCAGUUCCAGUUCCUAAUGCAAGUCUCAUCUGCAGUGUUUAUAUUUGCUGAGACUAUUUCUGACAAUGAUUAUAGACUGUUAUCUAGCUGCAAACAUUUUGAGACUACUGUCUAUUUCAUUAUAAAUCGAAGUGCUGAUAUACAUGAACAGAAGAAGUCCAGGGGUUUUCUCAAAAUGUUGAGUCAUGAGCUAAAUAUUAAGCCAGAGCAAAUAAUAAACAAGGGAAAGAUUAAUGAGACACAACUAGUCACAACAUUGCAAAACAUCAUGAGUAACCUUUUAAAAAAUUCUUGUAAGAGAGCAAAACUUGAAGAGUUAUCAGAUGUAGCUAUUAAGCUUGGAAUCAAGGUAGAUGAGACAUCUGAAGAAUUUCAGAAAGCAAAGGAAUUGGCCAUGGGAAUUACUAAUGAAAUUGGUGAUGUGGUGGAGUAUAAGAGAAAGAACAUGAAGCUACAAGGACAGCUCUGGAAAGAACUAUCCCAGUUAGAGAAGGAAUUUUGUAGAAUGAAAAAACAAGGGCAUCAGAAUGCUGAAGACUAUAGGUGCCAUCUGAAAAAAAGGCGGUCAGAGCUACAUCAGGAACAGCACAAACAUGACCUUCCUGAUGGCAUGAAUAAGUUUAUAUCGGCAAUGACCCAAUUAACUCACACUGAGAAGGUGUAUUUUUUAAAAUGGAUGAAGUUUACUCUUGAUUCAAUAUCUAGAGAUGUUUUGUCAACUUUGCAUGGAAAAUACAGUCAAAUUUAUCAUAAAGGGCAUAGUGACCUUGCAGAACUGAAGAAAAUAGAUAUUUUAAUAUCGGACAGUUCUUUGGGGGUUGAACACUUUCUGCGUGAACUGGGACAGUUUUAUGAGUCAGAAUGUUCUCUUAUCAGAGACAAACUGAUCAACGUUAGCCAGAGUAAGUUUAGCAAACUUCCUGAAAUUGCUGCAAAAUUCCUGCUGGAUGGGUUCCCAUUGGAACUAAUAGAUGGAGAUGCCUCCAACAUCCCACUGCAGUGGAUAACAGACAUUUUGACUGAGCUGGACAACAUGACAGGAAAGGGAUGCAAAUUGAGAGUAAUCUCUGUGCUGGGAGUGCAGAGCACAGGGAAAUCCACCCUCCUGAACACCAUGUUUGGCUUGCAGUUCCCUGUGGCCAGUGGGCGGUGCACACGAGGAGCCUUCAUGACACUGAUUAAAGUGAAAGAAAACGUCAGAAAGGAAUUGGGCUGUGACUUUAUUCUAGUGAUUGACACUGAAGGUCUGAAGGCUCCAGAACUUGGAUCUCUGGAUAACAGCUAUGAACAUGACAAUGAGCUGGCAACUGUUGUGGUCGGGCUAAGUGAUAUCACAAUUAUCAACAUGUCCAUGGAAAAUAUAGUAGAAAUGAGAGAUACUUUGCAAAUUGUUGCUCAUGCCUUCCUUAGAAUGAAUGAAAUCGGGAAAAAACCGAUCUGUCAGUUUGUUCAUCACAACUGCAGUGAUGUAUCUGCUCAUGAGAUGACCAUGAGAGAUAGAGUGAAAAUGCUGGAACAGCUGAAUGAAAUGACUGAAGUGGCAGCAAAGAUGGAAAAAAAGAGUGGUAUCACUGCCUUCAGUGAUAUAAUGACCUAUAAUCAUGAGAAAGACAAUUGGUACAUUCCAGGGCUCUGGUAUGGUGUCCCACCCAUGGCUUCUGUAAACACAGGAUACAGCGAAAAUAUUUCUUCAUUAAAAAAACAUUUGUUUAACCUGAUGGCACAACAUAAAGAUAUUCAGAACCCUCAAAGUAUUAAUGAACUUACAAUAUGGAUAAAAAGCUUGUGGAAUGCAGUGAAACAUGAAAAAUUCAUCUUUGCCUUCAAGAAUAGCCUAGUGGCAGAAGCAUAUGAUAAGCUUGCUGUAAAAUACUCAGAGUGGGAAUGGAACUUCCGCAAGAAGAUUCAUACCUGGAUCAUGAAGGCAGAGACAAGAAUUAAGAAUCAAGCAGGUGAUGAACUGCAACCAGAAACGUAUGUGAGACUAAAAACUGAACUAUCUGAGAUAAUACAGAGCGGUGAAUUAAAUAUGCUAACAUUAAUAGAAGAUUAUUAUAAGAGCCCAACUGAAAAUGUCCACUUGAUUGAACGUCAUCGAGAAGAGUUUUUAGCAAGCACAAAAUGUCUCAGGCAGGAGCUUGAGAAUUCAGCAUCGAAUAAAUUAGAAGAGACUAUUCGUCGGAAAACAUUUAAUGAUAAGUUUCAAGGGAUUCAGAGCAAAUACCAAAAAUUGCUCGAAGAUAAAGUCAGCCGUCUUGUGGAAAAGUGCAAAAGACAGAACAAAAAUAAUGGAGAAGAAGAAGCAAAUGAAAUGUUUGAAACCAUGUGGUUGGAAACAAUAUCGGGAUUGCCAAAGUGUCAAAUAGAGAAAAUCAACACCAGUCAAGAGAUGCUAGGACAUCUUAUGAAAGACAUGGUUAAUAAGGCAGCUGUCAUAAACGAGAAGUUACUUAAAGUAAAUCAUUUGUCUGACUAUGGAAAACAAACUUUCCAGAUGGAUAAGAAAUACAUAGCUGGAAAAAAGAAUCCUCUGGUCUUCAUAAAAAAAUAUUUGACCAGUACGUUUACAAAAAAAAUCGAUGAGCUUGCUAAAUCUCUUGUCAAGAGCUGUAAUGAUUAUGUUACCGAACAAAUUAACAAAAAAAAUGGCUAUGACAGCAUAUAUUGCCAUGAAUUGCUUAACAUGGUCAAUAAGACACUCAGGGAGAAAGAUGUUCUGAAACUACCCACAACACAUUUGUUUGAGUUGGACAUAAAACUUUCUAUUUUGGGAAGUGCAGCCCUGAGAUUUCAAGUGAUGCAUGACAAAUUUGUACAAGAAAACGAUCCAAUAUUGUGUCUUGAAAAAUUGAAACCCUACUAUUUGACAAGCUUUAAAACUCUUAUCCACCAAGAUAAGGAGGAUCUGCAAAGUAGAGCUAAACGUUUCUGUGAGCUGUGUCUAAGGCCAGCUUUAAUGGAGCACAUUAACAGACACCUUGGGAAAGCAAUCAGGGACAAUAUGAUGCUGAGUGGGAAUUUCAAAGAGUUUUCUAGUAGUCGCCAUUUCCAGUUUGCUGUGCUCAAGAAACUGCUCGAAGAGAGAGACUUUCACCAGUAUCUAAAAUAUAUUAACAAGUAUGAGACGUUUGUGAAAUCAUGGAUAACAAAAGAAAUACUGGAAAAGUAUGAAAAGUCCAAAGAACUCGAAACUUUACAAAUACACAUUCUUUCCGAUAUCUGUAAGAAAGUCAGAGAGGUUCUCCAAGAACUCAGAUCAGUAGGACUUCUCGCCACAUCUGACUUUUUACAGGAAUUUUGCAAGAGGCUUAGAAAUGAAUUGGUCAUUUCACAAAAUAAUAUUCUUGUCGUCAUUUUUCAAAUCAAAGAUGAUAUUCAGAUGUUUUCAGAUGGAAUUGAGCUUUAUGUCACUGAGACAGAAAAACAAAUUUCAUCAGAAAUAAAAUCUUCCAGUGCUGAAUCGGUUCUUUCCAGGGCAACACUUAAUCCUGUGGACGUGGUGUUCAAGUCUGUCUGUGGUUGUUUAAAAUUCUGCCCAUUCUGUAGAGUUCCCUGUGAGGCUUCAGGUAUUGACCACGAGAAACACUUUGCAUCUACUCAUAGACCCAAGGGUUUGGCUCAGUGCACCUGGAAAACAAGUGGCAAUUUAACCACAUCCAUAUGUUCUACUGACGUUGAUACCAAACUUUGUUUUAUAAGCCCAGAAACAAACGGGGAAUCUCAUCCCUACAAAGAAUAUCAAACAAUCUAUACAGAGUGGGACAUUAAGCCUACACAAAUUGAGGAGUCAUCUGAUUACUGGAAAUACGUCUUUAAAGAAUUCAACAGAAAAUUUGCAGAUGCUUAUUUGGCAGAAUUAGCUCUAUUGCCAUUCGACUGGAAUUUUGUGACUAAGGAAGAUGCUCUGAGAAGCCUAGAGGAGGCAUUUUUCAUGCAGUAAAAACUAGAACAUUCUUUUCGCAUCCAGCACCCUAAUCCUAUGCAAUUCACUUUGGUAUCUUCUACAUAUAGCUUUGCACUUAUGUCCAUUUGAGGAGUAGUAUAAUAAAAGAUGGAAAGUUUUCACCAGGUCUAGUAACCCAUAGCAACCAAUCAGAUUAUUUAUUUCAAUCGUUAGACCAGUAAAUGCAACAUUCUAAUUGCAAAAUGUAGUGCAAACUUUGCAACUCUCAUUCCUUAAUCUGCCACCGAUUUUCUGUGUUUACUUCCUGGACUGGCUAAAGCAGAGCCCUAAACAUGUUUGACGCCUACUAAAACGGGGACUGCAAUGUUUCUUGCAAGACCUAGCCAGGAAUUUAAGGGACGUAUGGGUCCCAGGUGACUAAUCUUAAUUGGUAUUUAAAAAUGAUAUAUGUAACAUGCAUAAUAAGAAAUAGAGACUAAUGGAUACCCAAAUCAUGAUUCCACCCCUGUCUAACAACAACAACACUUACCUGAAGAAUUAAAUGGUUAAGUUAGAAAAAAAUAAUGGAAGCAUGCUUAAUAUUAAAGAUAUGCCAGGGCUACUGACCUCAAAACAUGUCCCAGGGAUUUCCUUUUCCUCUAAACCUGAAUGUUGUUUGUUGUAUAUUGACAAACCCAAAACCAAAGCUGGGUCCUACAAGGACACCUAAUAAGCAGAUGACAUCACACAGCACAUUAUCAAAGGGAAGAGCAGAUGACAUCACACACUCCAUAUCUGACAACUUCA